UACACAUUCACAGUGGCUUGGCCCCAGAAUGCAGGGGGGAAGACAUCAAAAGUGAUGCUUGGGUUUCAGGCAGAGACUGAUGCAGCCCGUUGGCAGUCUACAUUUCUGCAGUCUGUGUUAAGACUUGCUGAAGUGCAAGCAGUGCAAGGGCAGGAGCUGGCCCUGCCUGUCACACCUUCAUCUGACUCCAUACUGUCAGUUCCAAAGUCAUCCUACGAUAACAUCUGUGCCAGGGAGCUGCCUGCGGAAAUCCCAGAACAAGAUGCAGUCUGCGAGGAACCUGCGGUAGCAGAUGGAGGCAUGGAAACUGCCACACAGUGGAAGCAGAUGCAGGACAUGAGGGCUGCAUCAUCUUCAGGAUGCACAACCUCAUCAAGUGAUGCUGCACCUGAGGCAUCUAAUGCUGGAAAUGGAGCUACUGUCAGCAGUGGCAUGUGGUCCCCCUGGAAGCAUGUCAAUGGAGUGCCAGUAUACCGGGAGGAGGAAGACAGCUCUGACGGCUCAGGCGGAGCUUUCAUGGUUUCUGCAGUGAUUCGGUGCCCACCCCAUGUUUGCUUCAAGGCUUUGAUGGAGACCAAUCCCCAGGCAUCCUGCGUGACGGGGCUCUUUGAGAUGGAGUUGCUUGAGCAGCUGGAUGAAAACUCGGAGACACUGCAUGCUCAGCUUGAGGGAAGUGGGUGGCUCAACUGGCUAUUGUCUCCAAGAGACGUUGUGGUUCAGCGCACUUGGAGACAGGAAGAAGAGGAUGGCACAUAUGUUGUGCUGUUGCACAGUGUUGACCGCCAUAUAGCUGUUGACCAGCGUGACCAAAUGCCAUCCUUGUGGAGCUGGUUGAGGGCACCAGUUAGAGCACAGGUGUCCGCGGCUGGCUUCACCAUUGCACCCCUCAAGGACUGCGGGCAAAAGCAAUCUCCAGAAUCUCUGGUAACGAUGGUGCUUAAGAUGGAUUUUGGCGGCAGUGUCAGCCAAAACUGCAUCCUGCAUCCUAUUUUCGACCUUCUGGGCAUUCGUUAUGCGUGGAUAGAAUCCAUGCUCAUGACUGUCGUAAGGCUACGGGACAGAGUGGAGCAUGCACGAUUUGUGACUCUGCCAUUCUCAGCCAGCGGUGCAUUUCCAAGCAGGGAUGGUCCAAGGCGAACCGCAGCUGCGAUGAUCAGGGACAGCCAAGCUGGAGCCACUGAAGACAUCAGUGCAUCCAAGCCCCGUGAGGGGGAUGCGAAUGAGGAGGAAGAGUCAGCCCGUGUAGUUAGUUCUGCAGGGACAAUGGACCCCAAGUACUGGGCUCGCCCUGGUGCUGCAGGCUUCAAGCUCCGAGGGGCAAAUUAUCUCAGAGACAAGAAGAAGGAGCUGGCUGAUGAGCCAGUGUUCGAUCUGGUGUCUGUGGACCUUGUGAAGAUCGUCAAGCCAACUCCACACAUUGCAAGAUACCUUCCAUCCAUACAGUGUUCUUCUGCCGCCUUCAGCUAUGUUGUCCAGAUUAUGAUUCCAGGGCCUCCGCACUUGGCCAUGGUGAUGACCUGGGGAGCGAAUUCAGAAGCCUUUCAAGGUCUGGGUGGGAAUGAGCAUGACAGCAAGGGUGCUGCUGAACCUCGUGACACUGAAUUAGAGACAGAGCUCACCCCUUUCGCCCUGUCGCUUAUGAGGUUUGUGACAGGUACAGAUGAAUAUCGAAAUGGCGUUUUUAAGCUGAUUCCAAAGAUCGUGAAGGGGAGCUGGAUAGUAAGACAGAGUGUUGGGAGCACACCUGUCUUGUUGGGGCGGAAACUGAAGCAGUAUUACUUCAGCGGGCGGGGCGUGUCAAAUAGGUAUUUCGAGGUAGACAUUGACGUUGGUUCUUCUUACACCGCGGCAUCUGUAGUUGGAUUAGUAUCAGGCGCAACGAAGUCUCUUGUUGUCGAUCUGGCCAUUCUUUCUGAAGGCAAGAGGGUGGAUGAAUUGCCAGAGGCGUUGAUAGGGACCGUCAGGUUUCAGAAUUUGGAUUUGGGGACGGCGGUUCCUUUGGACACGUCGGCGGAGUACGUUCCCCCUGAAUCGGACCAGAGUAGGACGGAGGAACAACAAUCCAAAACUGCGAAGGGGUCGUGA